AUGUCGGACCACGUUGAUGUGCUGCGGAGGAAGCUCAGCGACACGGAGGACAACUUCCGGAAGCGGCUUGCCGAGAAGCUGAGCAUGCACGACGUGUCAAUUAAGCUCAAGUCCGGAACAAAUUCUAUGUGGGGUAUCUACAUUGUGUACCUGUACAAUAAAGCCAGCUUAUGGAUUGAGCGCACCACGUCGAUGUUCCGUGUUAUGGCCCUCUUGGUUAUUGCGUUGCUCGUCAUUCUGGCUGUGCUGGUGCAACUGACCUUCUGCAGGUCCCUCCUGACUAGUUCUCAACUCGCAUCGCACAGGAUGUCGCCUCCCCAUGUGAUAGCACGCACGCUUAGUGUGAUAGAUGCCACCAAGGUCUCAAUGAGCAGGGCUGCGCCGCACGAGACCGUGCCGAGUGGUGGCACUGACAUCCCUGUGAUACAGGUCGACGUGCCCGCGAAGGAGUCACAGAGCGACGGCGCAUGUAGGCACUAG